CAACACACGCUUCAGCCAUGGUGGCGUUGAAAACUAUAGACCAGUGUACUCUUAGGCAACGAAAGUGACCUGGCCGCCCGCUGGCUAUGCUCCAGCCUCAUCCGCACGCCCACCCGCCAGCCAGAUGUCCUUAGCAGAUCGCCUUUCGGGCAGAUCGCCAACGAUCCUUUGGCUUUGUACAAUAAGGAGCAUCGUCCACGCCGCGGCUUGCUGGCGAGUCGCAGGUGCUGGGAGUAGUCGCAUGCGCAUAACUCCGUUGCCGCUCGGUCUCGCUUUCUGCGUCACGUGCGGCGGAAGCACGCUAUUCUCCGAAUGCAGUGUUCACUCGCGCGCGGCAUAUUCCUGAAUGACCGGCAAAUCCAGCGCCGCCAAUGCAUUGGGAUAUUGGCAGCAUGGGCCGCCUGUGUUAUGUGCACGAUCUAUCCUACUACACUCCAUUAUCGAGGCGACUCAGCGUGCCCGAACCCCGGCAUGAUCGACAAUUUGAACCUCAAUACCCUCAUCCGUCGCUAGAUGCCAACCUCUGCCCGGGCAUUGUGCACGCCUCACGGGCGUGAUGCAUUCUUCCUUGCGCAAAGCGCUCGUUGUCUGCGCUGGGCCACAAGCGCUGACUGGAACGCCUUGCUAGUGUUACCCCUGCCUUUCGACAAUCAAGUGCCGGCAGUUUACUGGCUCCAGUUCCUCGACGCACUCAGAUACGCC